AUGCCUCAUACCGGCAGUCAGUGGACCUUUGUGCUCGCCGUCACCGCAAUUUUUCUCAGCGUCGUGGUCACGCUGCAGAUUCUGUCAUCCUACGGCAAGGCCUCCCUCGCGGCACCAGCCGAGAUCCUCACCUUUAUCGAUGCCGUCGACUCCUCAGUCGAGGAGAACGAGAGCUAUGAUCGAGAUGUGUUGCGCGUGCAGCGUCUAGACGACAAGCUGCGCCUCGGCCGGCUGCUCCGGGAAAUCCAGAGGGGAGGAGAUGACUUGCGAGAGGAGCUCAAUGGCCUGUUAAUGAGCGAAAGUGGAGACCUCACAAGCGAUGACUACAGCGAUCUCCGAGAUCUGCGGCUGAGGGCCACCGCACGCCUCCUCUGGGCCUCGAAGCGUAAGAGGCUCGAGGACAAGGUCCGCAGGCUAGACAUGCUGCGCAUGCGCUUCCUAGUGGCCUACAUGGGCCUCAUAUCAUCCGGCCGCGUGAGGAAGACUGAGAAGAGCUCAUCAUCAUAUACGAGCCAGAGUGCUGCCCGGCCCCCUCCACCGCCGCCUCUGCCACCGUUGCCCCUGGGCGUCAGUACGGGUCUGCACAAGAAGAAGUCACGGCGCCGGCUGAGCCGAGCGGCAGCCCUGGGACGCGGAGACAACAGCAUCGAUGGGAGUAAGAAGCAAGGCUGGGCAGGCGUCAUCCGGGAACUACAGCUGUCACCACUGCUUCAGAAACGCAACGCCCGCGAGCGCCACGGCUACUCCAACAUCGGGAAGGUCAUGUCGCCCAUCAAGUCGCAGUUCACAAUGGUGGCAGAACCUCCGUCGCCGCCGGAUUCAACAAAGUCUGACAAUUGUCAGUGCGACCUCCAGAAGGAGAAGUUCCCCGAUUUCAACGAGUCGGUCGGUGUUGCGAUGUGA